AGAGUUGUUUGCUAUUGUUUUUGCACUUGAUAAAUUUAGAUCAUAUCUUCUUAACUCUAAAGUUGUUGUGUACACUGACCAUGCUGCUGUGAGGUACUUGUUUAAGAAGACAGAUUCUAAGCCUCGCUUGAUUCGAUGGGUGAUCUUGAUGCAAGAAUUUGAUGUGGAGAUAAGGGAUAGGAGUGGUUCUACCAAUCAAGUAGCGGAUCAUUUGUCUAGACUACCUCAUUUAAAAGCUACUAUGGUAAACUCUAACCCUACUAUUCCUUGUGAUUCAUUUCCUGAUGAGGCAUUGUGUGCCAUUUCAUCUAAGCCUCCAUGGUAUGCCUCUUUUGCUAACUAUAUUGAGUGUGGAGUCUUGCCUCCUUGUGCUUCACGUUUUGCCAUUGAAAAAUUGAAAAGAGAGUCUAGAUUUUACAUUUGGGAACCACCUUUGAUGUGGAAGAUUUGUAGUGAUAAAGUGAUUAGGAGGUGUGUUGAUGAUGUUGAUGUGCCUUCUAUUCUUGAAUUUUGUCACUCUCAUGCAUGUGGUGGUCAUUUUAGCUCAAAUAAGACAGCUAGGAAGGUUUUAGAUUGUGGAUUGUAUUGGCCUAGCUUGUUUAAAGACUCUUAUGAAUUUUGUAAAGCAUGCUUGAAAUGUCAAAAGGUUAGUAGUUGGGGUAAGAGACAUGAAAUGCCUCAACAACCCAUUUUAUUUUGUGAGAUUUUUGAUGUUUGGGGCAUUGACUUCAUGGGUCCCUUUCCACCAUCCUUUACUACCCGACUUACAUUGUCUGCCAUUAUCAUGAAUGACGAGAGUAUGAAAAAAAAUAGGACGGUUGAAAAAACUGUGACUGUUGAACAACUUGACGAUUUUCUACUUGAGGUCCCUCCUGCUCCAUAUUCACCUCAAGUGGAGCCCUAUUCAGAUCCAAAUCCAGAUCUCUUCGUCGGUGACUUGUUGGAGCGUUCUCUCCAAUAG